ACUUCAAGUGAAACUUCAUUGGACGUACAUAACCUAUUUCAUUUUGGUUAAACUCAUAAACGAAUACCACUAGCUGUCAAAACGAUAGCUAUGUCGGAAAAAAAAUUAUUUAUGGAAAGCGAUGAAAAUGCUUCGUUAUCAGAAUUAUUCGAUAAAGCGUUUGAACAAUUUAAUGAAAUAAAUAAAACGGAUAAACCUACAAACAGUGUAAAAAUUCAGUCUGAUAUAAGACGAACUAUGAAUAUGUUAGAAGAUGCAACGAAAUUAGUCUCUCUAGUCGAUAUGUUUAGUCAAAAUGAAAGUUUUGAUGAAGUGGCUACAGAAAAUAUAAAGUAUUUUUUGCUGCCAGCUUUUCUUGGUACACUUACAACAAAAAUUUGUAAUAUAGAUGAUCGAAUGCAUAUUAUUAAUGUUGCUGAAAUCUAUUUCAUCGAUUUUUUGAAACGUGUUAAAGCUUAUGGUUUAACUGAUAUUGAAGUGCCCGAAAUUAAGUCGGAACAUGAAAAAGAAAGCGUACCCGAGAAAGUUCGAACGAAUGCAGAAUUAAUUACUGAAAUGGUAAAUCGAAGAAAUACGAAAUUACAAAGGUUUAAAGAACAAAAAGAGUUGGAAUCGCGUUUGGAAAUUUUGCAAAAAAGUUUAUCUGAUCCAAACAUAGACGAUGAAGUUAAAAGAGAAUAUUUUGUAACACUUAUUAAAUUAUAUGUAAACUUGACAAUAGAAGAAUUGAAUUCUUUAGCUGCUGAAAAACCAAUUUUAGAACAUAUGAAAAAUGUAGGAAAAACUGAAACCAUGGCUCAGAGUUCACAAAAACAUAUAUCACCUUCUCCAAAAUUACAACCAAUUAUUAUUACUCGAGAUGAAGUGCAAAAAAAAGUAUUUGGAAUUGGUUAUCCUAGUUUACCUGUUUUAACUGUUCAAGAAUUUUAUGACCAACGAGUGAAAGAAGGAGAUUGGCCUUCACAUCAUCAAACCACUUCAAAGUGUUUACAAGACUUAGCAAAUAAUCAAGGAAAAAAAGAUGAAGAAGAAGAUAUUAAAAAAGAAGAAAUGAUUGAGACAGAUGAUUCAGAAAUCUUAAAACAAUUACGUGCCAUGGAUGAAUAUAAAGAUACACAUAGAAGAGGAUGGGGCAAUCGUGCUAAUAGAAGUUGAACGUGAUAAAAUUAUUCAUUUUAUAAUAUAUACAUUAUAUUAAAAAUGUAUUUUAUGUAUCUAAUUUCAUAUUUUUUUCAGAUUGCUAUAGAUUGUUCAAGAUAAUGUUAUAAUUGUUUAUAAUGAUUAAUAAUGAUUUAAGACAAAUAAAUGUUGUGUUUUUACAAAAAUUAUUUUUUUUUUUAUGUUUUGUAAACGAACAAAUGAUUAAAAAAAUAUGGAAUAAAUAAUU